AAAUCUACAGCUCUCAAUUAUUGAAAGAAAGGCAUGGAGGCUCCCAACUUCUGCUUCGUUCAAGCUUUUCUGUUCUUGUUCUUCCUUCUUGGGGGAUCUGCACAAACAUCCUCCUCAGGCAUAUUUGGAGAAUACAUAGGAGCAGAGUUUAAGAAUGUGAAAUUCUCCGAUGUCCCUAUCAACCCCAAUGUCCAGUUUCACUUCAUUCUCUCCUUCGCCAUUGACUAUGAUUCCUCUGCUUCUCCUUCUCCUACCAACGGCAAAUUCAACGUUUUCUGGGACUCUGGCAAUCUUAGCCCCUCCCAAGUUUCUUCCAUCAAAUCCCAACACUCUAAUGUCAAGGUGGCCGUAAGUCUAGGAGGUGACAGCGUGGGAAACAAACCAGCCAAAUUUAGCCCAUCUUCCAUUGAUUCAUGGGUGUCCAACGCAGUUUCAUCACUCACAGCCAUAAUCAAACAGUACAACCUCGACGGAAUCGACAUCGACUACGAACACUUCAACUCAGAUCCAAACACCUUCUCUGAAUGCAUCGGGCGCCUAAUCAAAACCCUAAAAUCCAACGGAGUCAUCAAGUUCGCUUCCAUCGCUCCAUACGACGAUCCCCAAGUUCAGAGCCAUUACAAGGCGUUAUGGAACAAGUAUGGGAACCUCAUAGAUUACGUCAACUUCCAAUUCUAUGCAUAUGAUAAAGGAACGAGCGUGUCUCAGUUCAUUGAUUACUUUAACACACAGAGCAAGAAUUACGAAGGAGGGAAGGUUUUGGUGAGUUUUAUAAGUAAUGAAAGUGGAGGGUUAACUCCAGGAGGUGGAUUCUUCACAGCUUGUCAGAGGCUUAAGAGCGAACAAAAGCUUCAUGGGAUCUUUGUUUGGUCUGCUGAUGAUUCCAUGGCUAAUGGUUUUCGUUAUGAGAAACAGUCACAAUCCCUUUUAGCGACUUCAAACUAAGGGCUUUGUUUUGUGUAUCUAUAUUUAUCAUGCGUAUUAUGUAUCUGCUGCUACAUUAGCUAUAUCUUACAUCUGUGUUCGUAUUAAUGAGUGUGUGUGUGUACGUACAUGUACCUUUCUCUCC